AAAAAUUCGCUGCUCACGUGGAGCCGCCCUGCUGCUGAAGCAGAACAGCGUCAGUGCCAAUUGCCAUAGUGUAGCGCUCAUCCCAAACUUAAUUAAGUUUCCCAUUUCUCUUACUCUUUCACAUUAAAUUCUUUCCCUCUCCAAUUCGAAUUAACCCUAAUUCUUUUCCUUUCAAUUUUCGCCCCCUUUCUUCUCUUAAUCGCCAUUAAACUUUCUUUGUCACUGCUUUUUCAAUGUCUCCACCGGCCGAUCAGAAGUCCAACAUCUCCUUCCAUGGUACAUUAGCUAGCAGUGCUUUCGCAGCUUGUGUUGCUGAGGUAUGCACCAUCCCUUUGGACACUGCUAAAGUCAGGCUGCAGCUCCAGAAGAAAGCAGUUGGAGAUGCAGCAGCUUUACCAAAAUAUAGAGGUAUGUUAGGUACAGUGGCGACUAUUGGCAGAGAAGAAGGUGUAGCGGCACUCUGGAAAGGAAUUGUGCCAGGAUUGCAUCGUCAAUGCCUGUUCGGUGGUCUAAGGAUUGGAUUGUAUGAUCCUGUUAAGACAUUAUAUGUGGGUAAAGACCACGUUGGUGAUGUUCCCUUGUCCAAGAAGAUACUUGCUGGACUUACUACCGGUGCUUUGGGAAUCAUGAUUGCUAACCCAACUGAUCUUGUAAAAGUCCGCCUUCAAUCUGAGGGGAAAUUGGCACCUGGUGUGCCUAGGCGCUACUCUGGAGCAUUAAAUGCCUACUCAACUAUAGUCAAGCAGGAAGGACUAAGGGCCUUAUGGACUGGUCUUGGGCCAAAUGUAGCGCGUAAUGCUAUUAUAAACGCUGCUGAACUGGCUAGUUAUGAUCAAGUGAAGCAGUCCAUUUUGAAGAUACCUGGAUUCACAGACAAUGUUGUCACCCAUUUGCUAUCUGGUCUUGGAGCGGGAUUUGUUGCUGUCUGCAUUGGCUCACCUGUUGAUGUGGUCAAAUCCAGAAUGAUGGGAGAUUCUUCUGCAUACAAGGGUACACUUGAUUGUUUUAUGAAGACCUUGAAAAAUGAUGGUCCUCUUGCAUUUUACAAGGGUUUUGUUCCAAAUUUUGGACGCCUUGGAUCAUGGAAUGUCAUCAUGUUCUUGACUUUGGAACAGGCGAAGAAGGCCGUGAGGAAUUUCGAAUCAUCUUAAGUUGAAGAUUUGCCGAUAUUCUUUUUUAGCAUUGUCUGGGAACUCGUUAAGAAAAACAAAGCCUUUCUGUCGCAGUUUGCAAGACCUGCUAUUUUCAUACAUGGCAUGCAAAUAAAAGCUAAGGUGGUAACAAAGUAAAUGUAGGAGAAGAGCUUACAUAAACUGUGAACGCAAUUACAGGUUACAAUUUGAUGGGGAUAAUGUCAAACCCCAAAUACAACCUUUGUAUUCUUGUAUUUCUUCUGAAUCAUAUCAGAAUGGCUGAUUAAAUUCAUCAAUAUAAAUUGUUUCAGCAAA